AAAUUCUCUAGAAAAUAGAAAAAGAAAAAAAAUUAUAUACAGUAAUAAUCAAUUCUGCAAGGCUCAUCUCCUUUAUAAAAUCUGCAUCAUUUUUCAUCCCUUCUGCACCAUAUCCAGAUCUGAUAAUUAAGCUAAAUAAUUCAACUCUUCAUUUGAGCAGAGCUGAGCUAUGUCUACCAAUUCACCACUUGUUUCAAUUCUCUUAUCCAUAUUAUUAUGUGGAUUCUUUACCAAGAUAACUAUCGCAUUCUCAAUUGAAGAAGCAACCAUAGAUGAUCUUCUGCUGGCAUUUAAGCAAAAAAAUCUAACCUCCAGACAACUCGUUCAGUUCUACCUCGAUCAAAUCAGCAGGCUCGAUCCGAUCCUUCUAGGGGUCAUAGAAGUGAACCCUGAUUCUCUCGACCUGGCUGACAAGGCUGACCAAGAGCGUGAGGCUAAGGUUCCAGGAUCUUUGCCUAGUUUGCAUGGCAUUCCAAUCCUGCUCAAAGAUAAUAUAGCAACCAAAGAUAAGCUCAACACCACUGCUGGCUCGUACGCGCUGCUCGGCUCAGUCGUGCCCAGAGAUGCAGGUGUGGUGGUCAAGUUGAGGAAAGCUGGCGCCAUCAUAUUAGGGAAGGCUAGCAUGAGCGAAUGGGCUGGUUUUAGAUCGAGGUAUUUACCUUCUGGUUUCUGUGAAAGAAAAGGUCAAGGAAAGAAUCCUUAUGUUCAAUCGAAAGGGCCUUGUGGGUCAAGUAGCGGAUCAGGAAUAUCAGUGGCAGCCAAUAUGGCAGCAGUUUCCCUGGGGACGGAGACUGAUCACUCCAUCUUAUGUCCAGCCAGUGUUAACUCAGUUGUGGGUAUCAAACCAACCGUUGGUCUCACUAGUAGAGCUGGAGUUAUCCCGACAUCCCCCAGACAAGACACAGUCGGUCCAAUUUGCCGGACAGUAAGAGAUGCUGUUUACAUGCUUGAUGCCAUUGUGGGCGUUGAUUACGAUGAUAAUGCAACUAAAGAUGCAGCCCAGUUCAUUCCACCCUCUAGCUACAAGCAAUUCCUUAAUCCUAAUGGCCUUGAAGGGAAGCGAUUAGGGAUAGUCAGGAAACCCUUCUUCGAGUUCAUUAAUGACGAGGGAUCUGUUCUUGCUCUAGCUUUCGAGCGCCACCUCAACACACUAAGGCAAAAGGGAGCAAUUCUGGUAGAUCAUUUGGAAAUUUCCAACAUUGAUGAGAUCUUAGAUGUCACUGCAAGCGGUGAACUAGUUGCAAUGUUGGCUGAGUUCAAGCCAGCUUUAAAUGCAUACCUAAAACAACUGGUGAAAUCCCCGGUACGAACCUUAGCAGACAUCAUUGCCUUCAACAAGAAAUUCUCCGACUUGCAACAAGAACUGUUGGAAGAGUCUGAGUCCAUGGAAGGAGCAGACGAAAAGCUGAAUGUAGCAGUGGAAAAUAUGAACAAACUUUCAAUAAAUGGAUUGGAGAAAUUGGUGAGGGAGCAUAAUCUAGAUGCCCUAGUGGCUCCUUAUGAUAUGGAAAGGAGCUCAGGUAUAUCAACUGUCUUUGCAAUUGGAGGAUAUCCAGGAAUCACUGUCCCUGCUGGGUAUGACACUACGGGGUUGCCCUUUGGCAUCUGCUUUGGAGGAUUAAAGGGUACAGAGCCAAAACUAAUAGAGAUUGCUUAUGGCUUUGAGCAGGCCACUAAGAUAAGGAAGCCUCCUGUCAUUCAAGCCAUGUCACUUUAAAUUAAAAUUGGAAGCCUCCUCGAGUUCAUUAGAACUCGAGGAUUUAGAAUAAAGUUUCCAAAUUUCUUCAGCUCGAUUUAAAUAAAAAAAAAAUAUUAUAUGUA